AUGCCAAAACGUCGUGGAAGUCAAUCAAAGAACACACAAAGGAAGAAGCAGCACAUCGACAGCCAGGAUCCCGGUGCAGCUCCAUCUGCACCCGACCGGAGAUUGCGCCCCAAGGAUGUCGAACCACCGAAACGCGAUCGUCGCGCGCAUGUUGAGGAUGCAGACGAUGAUGAUGAUGUCGAACCACCGAAAUGCGAUUGA